CUCAGACGAUGAACGUGGCCAAUGGCAUGAAGGCGGCCAUCCCGCUCAUCAGGCAGAGUCGUGCACUGCUGCCCGGGGCCUUUCAGAAGCACUCAUGGCGGUGCUCUCUUUUGGCGUCGAGAUGCUUUGGCAGUGGUGUGAGGGAGCCAUCCUUUCUACAGGACCGAAACGAGAAGGACGACAUUAUCACGACGCUCAUGGAUGCCAAGAAGCGGCAGGGCCUGACAUUCGAUAGCAUCGCUCACGAGCUGGGGUGAGUGACGAGCAGGCACAAGCAGCAAACUCAGAUGCAGGCAGGCCCUGCUGAUGUGUGUAUCCUGUAGGUAUACGAAUGCGUUUACGGCUCAGCUGUUCCUUCUGCAGGCGCCCCUUCCCGCCAGUGCAGCGCCCAAGCUGCAGGAGAUCCUGCCCUCUUUGCCACCGUCGGUGAUUGAGGAGAUGCAGAAGACGCCCAACAGACGAUUCGACGUGGACAUUGUGCAGGAGCCGUCCGUCUAUCGCCUCAUGGAAGCAGGUGGAUGGACUGUGAGAGCAAGGCUGUUAGUGUGCGGGUGCACCUACCUUAUGUGUGUUGGUCUCUCAGUGCAGCACUACGGCGAGGGCUUCAAGAUCUUGCUCAACGAGAAGUUCGGCGACGGUAUGCCAAUCCAGCCACACACGUACACGGUGGUGGAUGCGAGUGUAUGGCCAUGGUGUGGUGUGUGUUUCAGGCAUUAUGGUGGGCACGCUGCACGCAUUACGACGGGUGGUGACCUGACAUGGGUGCGGGUGGGCGCCAUCUGUGUGUUGCUUGCUGUCAGUCUGCCAUCGACUUCUACAUGACCGUCCACAAAAUCAAGGGCAAGGCAGGCGAGGUGAGUUCCACCACACACACACACCUCGCCUGCCUUGCCCUUUUGUGUGUGUGUGUGCGCGCGCGUAUGUGUGUGGCUUCUUCACAGGACCGUGUGGUGGUGGUGUUGAACGGCAAGUGGCUGCCGUAUACUGAGCAAAUUGCGGCUAACAACACCGCCAACAUAGACACCAUCACCCGCACGAUUAGCAAAUGACCUGCCCCAUGCUAUUAAGUCCUUUUUCGGUGUCACGUGUUCCGAUACAGUGUCGAAGCAACAAACCAAGGACAUUGACCUGUGACAUGGUACGUGUUGCAUGUCUAUGUACUGCGUGGAAAUAAAGGAAUGCGAC